UGAGAUUUCUAUCUAGUAGGAUACAUUUUUCUUAGCUCUAAGAAAAAUACACCUAACACCGUAACACGUAAUGAAGUACGUGUUUAUUCAUGCAGUACAAUCGAUCUAUACAUUAUAAAUUGUCACUCAUCUUCAUUUUCAACUCACAACAAUUCAAAUCUCAUUAAGUACAACUUCCAAAAAUAUGACCAACUUAAUCCUCUCGGCAGCCACCAUCUUCAUCAUCCUUUAUACCUCUCCUCUCACCACCACCGCAGCCAACACAGCCGUCCUCGACAUCGAUGGUCAGCCUCUCCAAGCCGACACAAACUACUACAUCCUCCCAGUGUUCCGAGGCCGAGGCGGUGGCGUAACACUGGCACCUAAAAACUCUACUCAACCAUGCCCCCUCUACGUAGCUCAAGAUAAUCUCGAACUCUCGAAAGGCCUACCUCUUAAGUUCUACCCCGUAAACCCUAAAGAUCGUCGAAUCCCUCUCUCUACUGACCUUAACAUCGUGUUCGAUGUGUCCACCAUUUGCGUUCAAUCUACUGGAUGGAGCUUGACAAGUUUUGAUGAUGAUGAGACUCAAAGGUUAUAUAUUGGAAUAAGCGGAACAAUCGGAAAUCCCGGGAUUGAGACGAUUAGUAAUUGGUUUAAGAUAGAAAAGGCAGGAAGUGGAAAGUAUGAUUAUAAGAUUGUGUUUUGUCCUGGUGUUUGUGAGUUUUGUAGGCCAAUUUGUGGGGAUGUAGGUGUUUUUAUUAAAAAAGAUGGAACAAGAUUUUUGGGUUUGUUAAGUGAUCAACCUCUUUUGGUUAAGUUCAAGAAAGAAGCUUGAAAAUUAUGUUACAAGAUUAUCUUGUACAAGGCUAUAUUGUUUACAGAUCAAUAGAUCUUUAAAUUGGAUGUGUGUAAAAAUAAAUAUAUACAUAUGAUCAAAUUACUCUUGAAUAAUAAUGUUCUGUCUUCUUUGAAUUAUAAAGUUCCUUAUAAAAUGACUUAUAA